AUUAUUUUGUAUUUUGCAUUUUUAUUUUUAAGAUGGGUAAAGUCAAAGGAUAUAUUUCUAUUUUUCGUGACCUACGCUCCCAGAGACUAACCUCGUAUGAUAAUUAAUAAUAAGCAAAGGGAAGGCUUUGUAUAUGUCAGGACCCCGGCUAGCUAGAUUAUGGAGCCCCACUAACCCAUUGUAGUUGAUUACAACUAUCAAUUUUACAACUCACUAUUUUCAAAUCAAAGACUAUGAACCUUCCAAGUCUUUGUAGUAUAUAAAAUGCUACCUAUUGUACCAAAAUCAAAUCAAAAAUCAAGGUAGACUACUCCAAUAUCAUUGUCUCUACCAAUUACAUUUCCAACCAGAAAACAUCAAAUAUGGCUUUUAGUCCUUCAAAUGCUUCGGUGGGGCUGCAAAUAUCUCUGCUGCUUAGCUUUUUCAUGGCUGCAUUUGCUGGUCCAUUCCUCGAUUCCUUUGACUAUAAUUGGGGACAGAGUAAUUCUCAGAUACUCAACAAAGGAGACCUCCUUACGCUCUCCCUUACCAAGGAAUGUGGGUCAGGCUUCGUGUCCAAGAAUCAGUAUGUUUAUGCAAAGAUUGACAUGAAUAUCAAGCUUGUUGCUGGCAAUUCUGCUGGAACUGUCACUGCCUACUAUCUGUCCUCACAAGGGCAAUACCAUGAUGAGAUAGACUUUGAAUUCCUGGGAAACCUAAGUGGUGAUCCUUACAUCCUUCACACAAAUGUCUUCUGCCAUGGCCAGGGCAAUAGAGAACAGCAAUUCUACCUUUGGUUCGAUCCCACUGCUGAUUUCCACACCUACACCAUCCUGUGGAAUACCCAAGCAAUUUUCUUCUAUGCGGAUGGCAUCCCCAUUAGAGAGUUCAAGAACCUUGAGUCAAGUGGUAUUCCUUUCCCAAGUUACCAGCCAAUGAAACUAUACUCUAGUAUUUGGGAUGCUGAUAACUGGGCAACAAGAGGUGGACUUGUCAAGAUAGAUUGGACCCAAGCACCCUUCACUGCAUCCUAUACGAAUUUCAAUGACAAGAAUGCUUGUGUUUCAUAUUAUGGUACCAUAACUUCUUGCAAUACUCCAAAUUCUAACCUCAACAACAAUGGUUGGCUCUGGCAGACGCUUGAUUACAGUGACCAGGGGAAGCUGAAAUGGGUUCAAGACAAUUACAUGACCUACAAUUACUGUACAGAUUCAAAGCGCUUUCCUCAAGGGUUUCCUCCAGAAUGUUACGUCAACAACAAGUACUAGAUGGGAUGCACUCAUAGUUUCUCCCUCUCUUCCAUUUGAUUUCCAUAAUUCCUUUUUGGCUUUAACUUUUCUUUUUUAAAUUAUAUAUUACAUUUGUUUGUUGUCCCAAAUAAACAUUGAAUAUUUUUACUGUGUGUCAUAGGAUGUGUACAAUGAAAGAGCUAAUGUUAUCCCUAUGUGAUUUGGAAUAAAAAACAAUUUUGGAGUAAUCUCAUAGUGAAAGCUAUUGUAUUUAUACAUGUAAUUGCAUGAUAAGUUAAUGCAUUCUUGAUCUAUACAAUGACAUAAUAAAUCAAAUAUUCAUAAUGUGAUACCCUAAAUUGUGAAUUUAAUUGGAUUGGAUUAUUUAAGUGUGUUGAAUACAUGGGCAUGUGCUGAGUCUUAUAUUAGAUUUUUAUUAGGUGGAGCUUGGGUUUAUAAAUAUUUAUUAAGUCUCCCAAUUGUACCUUGACUAGUCUAUUUAGGGUAUAAAGGCAAAUCUUGCUAGCACUUCCCUUGAAUUGUUGCACAAAAUUUAAAAUCCUAGCAUUAUUUAAUAUGCAAGCACCAUCAAGUUCAAAUAACCCCACAUUAUCACACCAUAGUGCCCCUACAAUUUUGACAAUAGAAUGAUGCAUCAUCAAGAGACUUCCUAUUAAGUUUUGGAAAGUUUUGUGGAAGUUCAUGUGUAGGGAAUAAGCAUAACUUGGUAAAUUUUUCCAUACCAGAUUUUUCUAGUAACUAAGCAAGUCAGAAAUAUAUCACCAUUGCGAGAGAUGAAGUUUAGCUGAUAUCGAAUUUAAUUGAAAGUAGCCUCAAUGCCAAGAACGUAAUGAAUGGAACCGAGAUCCGUUAGUUCUACAACUAAUUGCUAUUGACAAUAAUAUCAUCCACAUACACAAGAACAUAUGUUCAACUGUUCAAAUAUCACAAUGACAGCAUGUGAAAAGUGAAGUAUCAUGUAUUUGGUAGCAAAAAACCUUGGGCCAUUAAGAUAGUAGACAACCAAUAAGGUUGGGGAGGUAAUGUGGAUUGCCUAGGAUAAUUAAUUUGACGAGGGUAUCGUAUGAGAUCAACAAUAAGAUUGACUUGUUCUGAAUUUUGAUGGCUCAUAGAAAUGGAAUUGAAAUUUGGAGGAGACCUAUGCAUCGGUAAGACUUGAGAGAAAUUAG